GAUCGCCGAGAAACAUGAACAGUUUGACAUUAAAGAAGUCAAGAAGGUUCCUCUCAUCCAAAUCUCCGCCAAUGGAGCUUGAAACCAUGAAAAAACCAACUCAGGAUGAUGACUUUUUCCAUUUUAGCCAUCCAUAUCACCCUCUAGUACUAACUAACCUACCCUAUCUUUUCACCUGCAACGGAUGCAAAGAACACGGUGCGGGCAAGAGGUACAAGUGCGAAAUAUGCGAGUUUGAUCUCCAUGACUUUUGCGCUCUCGCUCCACGGUCUCUACAUAACCAUCCUUUCCAUCCACAACAUGAGCUCUUUUUCUGCGCAAAAUCAGUAGGCGGGCGCUCAAAAUGUGACAUAUGUGGCAAGGCUACCAAAGGAUACUCGUUUCGCUGUACUCCUUGCGGAUUCGACAUGCACCCUUGUUGUGCUACAAUGAAUCAACAAAUGAAUUUCCCACCUCACCAUCAUACUCUAAUUCUGUUGCCAUGUAUGGCGAAUGAUGCAAACUUUGUCUGCGCAAUGUGUAGAAGGAAAAGAUCAGGCCAAGUUUACACUUGCUUACCUUGUGGAUAUUAUCUACAUGCGAUAUGUGCAAAGGAUAUGGUGAAUGGGCUCUACGUCCAUGGGAUUAAGCCACAUGAGAAAUCAAAUUUGUUUGGGAAUGCAGCGAAAGUCGCUAGUCAUGCAAUUUUGGGAAUUAUUGGGGGGCUGAUUGAGGGAAUUGGUGAAGGGAUUGGAGAAGCUUUUAUGAAUAAUAUUGGGAGAGGUACUAGAAGUGUUGGCAAGAAAUAGAUAUUUGGUUGUGUGGUUUUUGAGUAUUUGAUUGGGAGAAGGUGUGAUGGCUUUUAUGGUUGAUUUGUGAGUUGUAAUUGUGUAUAAUUAAUGUAUCAAUUGUACUUAUCAAGAUGAUAUGUUUGUAUAAUUAAUAUA